AAUUCCCAGGGUGCUGCGCGGCUCAACUUCAGACAACACCGCCGGAUUGGUUUUCAGCCUUUUUACUACACAAUUUCGAUAUAUCGCGAUUAUUGCUUGCAGAUCGAAGUGUCAUUGCGGUUUUCAUGUCCACCGCUUACACACAGCCGCCACACUAAUCCGUGUUAUACCCGAGCCGGUGAGCGCGUGCUUGCGCGCGAGCGCGUGCGUGUGUGUGACAGCAGACAUUUGUAUGAGAGCGUAAGUUUUGCGGAAGUUCUCGACGGCGAUCUUGGUGUUGGUGUUGGUGUUGCUGGAUGAUGUGAAAGCUACACGUCAGGACUCGGGUUACCCGAGAAGAUCUUCACCUGGUCACACGGUCAAAGUCAUCUGUCUCCUCUGCAGCAUGGAUCACCAACACGUGUUUAGUACCCUGGAGACAGUGUGUGAGGAAACCAUCGCUGCCAUCCUCGGGCAUUCGAGUUUGCUCCAGAAUGAUGCCACCAUUCAACUUCUGGCAACAUUGAGGCAGAUUCAUGAGCACGGACAAGCUGUGAGCGCACUGGUCAGUGGCUUUGCUGCGGUGUAUCAUCAUUUUGAUUUUAACCCAGAGACCCCUGCAAAUGGAUACCGCACCUUAGUCAAGGUGGUUAUUUCCUGUGUGCUCCACCUCAUCCAGAAGGCCCGCUACAUCACCUCCAGCUGUGGGGGGCUGUUUUUUCGGGUGGCGCACAACGCUAGUGAGAUGAAGGCGUACUGUAUGGCGCUUUGUCAGCUGCGUGCACUGCUCUACCUGGCACAGCGUCUUCUCAACAACAACGAACACGGCCAGCUCCAUUCACUGGGAAAUGAAAGUCUGAGCAGGAGGUUUGUCAACGAGUACACCACUAUGCACAAGGCCUGUUUUUAUGGGCGUUGCCUAGGCUUUCAGUUCUGUCCCUCGCUCAGGCCUUUCCUACAGGCAGUGGUCAUCAGUAUGGUGUCAUUUGGAGAGAACUACACAAAACAGCAGACUCGAUUAGGAAGAACAGCAUACUCAGUCAUUAAUUCUGGGAAAUACGUAGUGGAUCCUGAGCUGAGGGGGGCGGAGUUUGAACGCAUCACUCAGAACCUGGAUAUGGAGUUCUGGAAAACCUUUUGGAACAUCACUGAGACAGGGCUGAUAUCACAUUUAGCAAAAAUCAGGUCACAUGCUGUGCAGGUCAACAUCACUCUAACAAUACCAGGUGAGCCACUGAGUUUACCUCUAGCCUCAGAUACAAGUCUCUCAGUCACCGUGCCGCCUCCCAUCGCCCACUGGGGACCAGGACCCGUUCAGGUCCGCCUCAUCUCUCACAUGCUUCGCCAAGGACAGGAUAGUGCUGAGUUGUUCUCGUUUGCUCAGCCUGAGGGAAUUCAGCUCUCUUUUCCAACAGGUUUCAAGUCUCAGAUUGGCCCUCUCUCUCCAUGGCUCCUUAUCCACUUCCAUGGUGGCGGAUUUGUGGCCCAGACCUCUAGAUCUCAUGAAAGUUACCUAAAGAGCUGGUCAAAGGAUUUGAAUGUGCCCAUUCUUUCAGUGGAUUACUCACUGGCUCCUGAAGCCCCCUUCCCUCGGGCUCUAGAAGAAUGUUUCUUUGCUUACUGCUGGGCCCUAAAGAAUUGUCAUUUGCUUGGCUCGACGGCAGAACGCGUGUGUCUAGCAGGAGACAGUGCUGGCGGGAACCUAUGCAUUACUGUCUCUAUGAAGGCCAUGUCUCACGGAGUACAAUCUCCCCAUGGAAUAAUGUCUGCCUACCCAGCAACACUCCUGACAACUGACGCCUCACCCUCACGCUUUCUCACGCUCAUCGACCCAGUGUUACCGCUAAGCGUGCUUUAUAAGUGUGUCAAUGCAUACACUGGUAUGAAUAGUGUAUCGGUGCGGCCUAGCGAGCAGCUGGACAGUCUGAGUGCACUAAGGCAGGACACUGCGCUUUUUCUUGAGCACAUCACGGAAGGAGCUUCCAAUUGGCUGAUGUCGCUGCUCAACCGCACAUCUUCCUUACCCGCAAGCACAUCUCCUGUUUCUCAAAACUCUGUGCCUCAUUCUGCUGAAAUGCCACAGAGCUCAAGGGAAUUUCCAGAAGGCUUCGAACCGCUGCGCUCUGGGUGUCUGGCAGAGAUUCAUACCCCCUGCACUCCUAUCAUGAAGAACCCAUAUGUCUCUCCUCUACUUGCACCUGACAGUCUCCUCAAGGGGCUGCCACCUGUACAUCUAGUGGCUUCAGCUUUGGAUGCUCUGUUGGACGAUUCUGUGAUGUUCGCCCGAAAGCUGAAGAGCAUCAACCAACCCGUGACCUUGACUGUAGUGGAGGACAUCCCACACGGCUUCCUUAGCCUAUCACAGCUCUGCAAAGAGACUAAGGACGCAUCAGACAUUUGCGUAGCACGAAUCAGGGAAGUCUUUCAACAAGACGCACAACAAUAAAAAGAACGACCAAACGCGCUGAAAAAAGCUGCAAUGCUUAAUGAAAAGAAAGGAAAUGUAAGGAACUGUAGGAAGAAAAUUUGGAAAAACAGUUUAUUAGACUGAAGAUACCUCAAAAAUGCACAUGUUCAUGUUGUGAGUAUAGAGAAUAGAAACCAUAGCACUGUGAAAGUACUGCAAAAGAGAGAGAGUGUUUACCGCACAGAUAUCAGCACAACCUAAUACUGUUUUAUAUGUGUAUUUCUUAAUGCUCUAAAAUUCACCACAUGUGCCGCUUUUGGUCAUUUUUAAAUAUUUAUAGCAAACUCAGCAAUUGUAAGAGAAGGGUGCUUGAUAAAGGGCCCAGCAGAUGGUGCUGGGAUUUGAACUCGCAACCUUCUGAUCAGAUGCCCAACACCUUAUCCACAGAGCUAGCACUUCCCAAAAGUGGUCAGAACUUGGUUUUCUCACCCCUGUCAUAGCUAGUUUUUCUUCUUUAACCCUUUAGACUCUACUUGCCUUAAACUAUUAAUCACUGAAGUGCCCCUGUGUUAUAAUCAGACAUUUUUUUAACUCUUGCUAAAUGGCAAACUUUAUUACUACAUUUAUAGUAAUAAGCUUAUUGUUAAUAAUAAUAGCAUGUAUUUGGACCAAUCAUGCUAACUGUACAUUUUAAAGUGAUCCAUAAUUUUCUGACUUUGGAUGGGACUCAUAUCCUGAAGAAUUUUAACAUAGUGUAAAAUAUCAGCUGCAGCUUAGUAGCGUAAUAAUAAUGCUUUUUUUUUUUUUUGUGUAUCAAGCAGGAUAUAUCAUAAUUUUCAUUGAAGCGUUUACAAAUUUCAAAUCGAUCAAAAUCCCUUUUUUGGCUUAAGAAAAGAUAUAAACCUCAACUUGAUUGAAUUCUAACCAUAUAAUUAACAAGCCUUUUAAGUAAAUCUGCAACCAAAUAAAUGUCUUCACCUUUGUCAACCAUCAUGGAACAAAAAAACAACAAAUAAAAAUCAAGUAUUAGGUUAACAUGGAUAUAUUUGAGCUUGUGCAGUUUUGCUACAGAUGCUGUUUGCGAGCUCUGACUAGUUCGCUCUUAGACUAUCCGAUUAAAGGACGUCAAAAUGGCCACAUAAUUGUACGCCUGCUAGAUGGCCCCGGUGUCGACAACUCAAAAUCUGAUUGGUUAAAGCAACAGUUACAUUACUCAUGUAUCAAGCAGGAUAUAUCAUCAUUUUCAUACAAGCAUUUACAAAUUUCAAAAUUGAUAAAAAAAAAUACCUUUUGGCUUAAGAAAACUAACUUAUAUAAACCUUGACUUGCUCGACUUCUAAUCAUAUAAUUAACAAGGGUUUAUCGCACUUUAUAACUGGAAUAUACUGUGGAGUUUAAGCUGCUUAUUUUGAUUGCGUUUACAACCUUCAGGGGACGUGUAGAAGAGCUUUGAAGACUAUUCAAUGCACAUCCGCAUGCUAGUUAACCUGGGACUAAGAGCAGACUCGAGAGCAUUGCGUGAAAACCAGUCGCUUUGUAUUAUAAGCGUUAUAGAACAUGGGUAGAACAAAAAAGGUGAGCAAACACAACCCUGAAAAUGAAGACCAAAAAAAAGCUAAUUAUUUAAGUAUGAAAAAGAAAUAGCACCCUGCUAAUGCACAAGAGGCCAGUCUGCUGUGAAGAAGCCACAAUGGAAGACUUAGUCCUGGAUUUUCAUAAUAUAAACUUAUAUAAUGUAUGCUUUUAUUCUGUGUUUUUCCUCAAAUUAUUUCAUGCUUCCAGCUGUCUUGACCUUCGAGCGAGUUGACAUGCAAAUGAGCUGUGUCAGGAACACUGUGUUCAACGUGCGCAUGCAAGUACAAAGAAAAUUUUGUAAAUGUUUCGCUUCGAUUGGUUUAAGCAUGAUUAUACUAGACGAUAAAUAAUACAUAAGGCCCAGUGUGUUUUUUUUUUUGUUUCGUUUUUACGAAACAAAGUUUCUAAGUUAAUAUAGACUUAAGUGGUGAAAUGUAAUUCAAUAUCUUUGAAGGCCAAACUGCCUUUUUCUGAUUUAAGGCACUGCUGAAAGUUUGUCUUAACCUUUUUUGACUGGUUUACAGUUUGUCUUCCUGGUUAUUGUUUCUUCCUGUUUGUGGAUUUUCACUGUACUAAAAGCAAUAGGUGCUUUCAUUUGAACGGGUGAUUUUGAGGAAAGCUAACAUUUCAACCUCACAUAGAUUUUUACAAAUGAAGCGAUGUCUGAAUCAGAUAUAACUAACAAAAAUGUGUUUAAAAAAAAAAAAGGUUUCAUAACCAAAGAGUUCAGGUGCUUUGGUGUGGCAUUAACAAUGAAUGCAGUGUAUAUUAAUACAACUUAAGAGGAUUAUAAAAGCUACUUAUUUCUAGUCAGGUAUCACCUGACCUCUUUUUUGUGUUUUAUCUUUUUGUUUAGAGUGUUUCUUUCUCACGUUUUGCGAGAUGACUCGCAUCUAAUAAAUAUCUUUUUGGACAUGAUUUGAAAAGUGAAAUUAUUAAAAAAUACUGAUUUGAAAA